UGGACCUGCCCAAAAAUCCUAUUAACACGAUCUCUGAUUUGUUAACACCAUCUCUAUCUCUACACAAUACGCCAAGAGGUUGAAACAAUAACGUCCCCCACAUCAAUUUGCCGCACAUAAACAUACAUAUCUGCAAGCCGCGGCGGCGAAGUCCUAAUCGGAUCUCAUCAUGUCGAUGUCUGCCUUCAUGUCCGCUCUCCGGAGCGCCGGCCGGCGGCAGCUCACCGCCUCAACCAUCACCAGGAGGCAAGCGACCGGAUCCCACCUGCUCCGGAUCGAGGGCUACAAGCAGCAGGUCAGGGACAUGACGCCCAAUGGCAAGUCCAUCACGUCAAGCAAGUUCGCCGUCGGCGGCCACGACUGGCAGAUCGAGCUCUACCCAAACGGCAUCAAGGAAAAGGUCAAGGGCUCUAUCUCGCUCUACCUGUGUCACGCCAGCCUCGCCCAAACGGGCGACGCGACGGCAAAGUUCGAGUUUAGUCUUCUCGACCAGGCCGGGAAACCAUGGCGAACACGCAACGUAGAGCAACACCGCUAUCUGCGGUACACUGUCCCAUCCGGUUGGGGUUGGGAUGACUUCGUGAAACUGGAAGAACUAGACGAAGAAAAGCAUCUCAAGGACGACUGUCUCAAUGUCCUGUGCGACGUCACCAUCGACCUUGGGUUGAAAUCUGAGGACUACGUCGAGGUUGCUCCGGCACCUGUGACGGCACCACCGCCGUUCGACGUGAGCGGGGAAGAGGCCGGAACCAUCUGGAACAAGCAUGAAGCGGACGUGACGAUCGAGAUCGGUGGUGAGACGUUCGCAGCGCACCGGUGGGCUCUCGAACGAUCCCCGGUCUUUAAGGAGCUCAUCGCCUCCGGUACCGGCGGCGAGCUACGCAUCGACGACAUGGACGCCGAUGUGUGCAAGGCUCUGCUGAAGUUUAUGUACACAGGCUCACCGCCGGCGACGGAAGAGCUUGAGGCUUCGAGGAUGGCGGAGCGGCUGCUUGUCGUAACCGACAGGCAUAAUCUGGAGAAGUUGAAGCAGAUCUGCGAAAAGGAGUUGUGCAAGCGCAUCGACAUGGGCUCUGUGGGUGCCACCCUAGCUUUCGCCGAACGGCAUCGAUGCCCGCUGCUCAGGGAGGCAUGCAUCCAGUUCCUCUCGGUUCCUGGUAACCUGAAAGCACUUAUGGAAACUGAUGGCUUUGAGCAGUUCAAGACAAGCAGCCCCUCCUCUCUGAUGGAUGUCAUGGUGAAACUGAUGCCCUGAUCCAAGGA